CCAUUCGGCCCAUUGCAGAACACCCAUACGAUCCUCCUUUUCCGGGAUUCCGAUGUCGGCCUAGGCGAGGGAGCUAUGUGCUCUGCUAUCGGCUAACUGAGGCUGUAGCGAAAUUCUUCACAUCUUGGAGCAAACCACUCACGAUUUGGCUAUUUUGGUAUGUGUGGCAUUCUCUGCUCAACAAUCGCGGCGACUGCCGGUGAAUAUUGGAUGAACGAUAGUCGCUACAGAUGUGUAGUGGAGAGUGAGAAGAUUUCAUUGCUGGUCGGCUAACUCUGUUUAGCGUUUGCCUUGGAAAACAACGUUCCGAACAAGGAGUUAGUCAAUCUUCCUGUGAAAUGUCAAAAGUUCUGCUUCUCUCAACGCAUCCUAAAGGCCUUCCUUCAUUCACUCUGCCAUCACAAGGUGUGGAGGAAAACAUCACCGGGAUAAGCUAUAUGGACUAACAUGCUUCAGACUGUGAUUGCCAUGUUGUAGAUGGCUGUGUUUCAAAGCUCUACAAUGGGAGAGGAGGUCGAUAUGCAGAAAAUGUGGAGGUGGGAGAGAUUUCUAUAUCCAGGCCUGGACAAGCGCAGUGACACUGCAAUGAUAUGCACAAGGCUUUUUUUUGGAACGAGUUGAUUUCUUUUUCAUUCCCCACACACCCCAUCCCCUCCUGUUGCCACAUUGACAUUCAAACUGUCAACAGGGCUCCCCACAGCAACUGCAUGGACUUGGCUUGGUUUUAUAAGGUUACAGAUACAGCUGUACCAUUUUAGUUUAAAGCAUCUUUCAAAAGACGUCUUUGGAGUUUGAUUUGAUUCCAGGCAAAAUCGGACUUUGUUUAGUUCUGUAUUGCUGCUGACAAUUCAAAAGUGUGGAACAAUCCCGCUCGCAGCCGUCACGCAUCCUCAGUUUCUUCCACCAGUCGUGUGCCUAAAUACGCCUCCCUGGGACAAUCACACAAGUCAUCAGCAGCUGCUGUGCUCAAUCCUUUGCCGUUGUUCUCUGCUUGCCGGCCCUUCAUCUGCUAAAUCUUGUAUUUUCUGCUCCCUUACUUGAAUGAAUGAAUGGCAUUUGUCAUCAUGCAAACUGUACAACAAAAUUGGAGAGCCUCUCCUGCUUCAGUGCAAACAUAAAAGCAAAAUACAUUUCAUAUCUUCUCCUCCCAAAGCCAGAUAAUCAGAAUUCAUGUGCAGUGAUUGUAAUUGAGUUAAAAAUAUCUUAGGCUCUUUUAUAUGGACAAGCAGGGCUGUUAGUUCAGACUCAAUUACCCUCUUGCACCAAACACAGUAUCAUUGAAGCCAUACAAAAAUAUUUAUAACUUUCUUAUACGUACUUUUGUAUCAAAUUGCUCCUGAUUUUGUAUGCUUAAAUUAUAAUUCAGCAUAAACAUUUUUAUAUUUGCACACUAUAAACAUGGAAGUGGAACUGUAUAUUGCUACAUGAUUUUAAAGAGUUUAUAUUUGAGUGAGAGUUGUAUUGGAAAGUUUUGCUAUUUCCAUUCAUAUGCUGCUUUGCUAUGGGUCAACCCAUGGCUUUUCCCAAACAUACAACGAAUGUGUCAUUUUAAUUUGUAGAACAGCCUUUAAAGUAGGUAGACAGUAGAUACCUACCUCUCCCUUGGUCUUCCUCCCAUUGCUCUGUGUCUGAUGCCGGGCUUCAGCAGUGGGGGUGUUGGGGGAGGAGUGGGUGGCCAGGUUUCUGCUCCUCCCCGCCCUUUCAGACCCAGCCGAUAUGUCCCAGUGUCUGCAGCCACAACCUUCCUCGUCGGAUCCACCACCCUUUUCUUCUGCUUCACCUGUCCAUGGUUGUACGAGUAUUUCUCCCCGGUCAUUCCCAUUUAUAUUGCCGUGAUUUUCCUCUUCACGCUGGCCAACUUCUGUAUGGCUACGUUCAUGGAUCCUGGAGUUUUCCCCCGAGCGGAGGAGGACGAAGACAAAGAAGAUGAUUUCCGUGCUCCGCUUUACAAGACUGUGGAGAUAAAAGGCAUCCAGGUGCGCAUGAAGUGGUGUUCCACCUGCCGCUUCUACCGACCCCCACGCUGCUCACAUUGCUCGGUUUGCGACAACUGUGUGGAGGACUUUGACCACCACUGUCCUUGGGUGAACAACUGUAUUGGUCGACGCAAUUAUCGCUACUUUUUCCUCUUCCUGUUGUCACUCACCACCCACAUCGUGGAUGUUUUUGGCUUUGGCCUCGUUUAUGUGCUCCACCACCGCCAGCAACUCGACACACCACAUGCAGCUGUGACUAUGACUGUGAUGUGUGUUGCUGGUCUGUUUUUUGUCCCAGUCGCUGGACUGACUGGGUUCCAUAUUGUUCUAGUGGCUCGAGGUCGAACCACAAAUGAGCAGGUGACAGGAAAGUUUCGUGGAGGUGUUAACCCCUUCACCAAUGGCUGCGUGAGGAAUAUUUCACAUGUACUUUGCAGCUCACUGGCACCCAGAUAUACGGGUCGUUCACGGAAGCCUCAGACAGUCGAACUACAGCCCCCCUUCCUCAGGCCACCUCUGUCAGAGGCGCAGUUAGAAGCCAAGGUCCUGGACAAUGGUGUCCAGAAUGAUCGACACAGCACAAGAUCAAAGAGCAGUUUGGAUCAAAUGGAGAGCCAGUCGGCAGACACAGAGCCUCCACCUCCCCCGAAGCCAGAGCUUCGUUACCCAGGGCUGCCACGUGGUGACGCUGAGGAAAGCAGCUUGUUGACAGAAGGUAUGCCCCUACAGUCCAUGUACAAGUAUCGACCUGCGUACAACAGCCCAGGAAAGAACCACAGUGCCCACACACACGCUGGCAAGGUGAUCCGCGGGGAGAGUCUCGACUCUCCGUCUCCUUCUAUUCUUCACUCCAGCCACCAUCCCAGUUACCGUUCGGAACCGAGCAGCCUGGAUGGGGCCACGAUGGUGGGAAGUGGUGCGGGGGCGUUCAGAGGGGGAGGGGAGAGAAGUGAGGGCCCCGGAGGCUUAGGCAAGACUAUCUGUGGGGUCUCAGGGGGCAUGUCGGGUUACUCCCUGACUGGGCGCUCCCACACUUCGUACCCAUCCUCUCUGGUUCUGUCCACUGGGGGCUCCCACUCCUCCAGCCUGCGCUCGGCGCACCUGGCACACAAUCCUAUAGCCACCCUCCAGUCAGAAGGAACUACAGACACCAGCUACAAGAGUCUGGCUAAUCAGACCCCUCGGAAUGGCAGUCUGUCCUACGACAGCCUGCUCACGCCAUCCGAUAGUCCCGAGUUUGAGUCUGCCGCCCACGAGUUGUCACCACAGAAGUCCCGUGCAACAUACCCCUCUGUGACAGGGGCUUCGGUUAGGGACCAGCCUGAGACUGUGUCCCCCAGUUCUCUGCUGCAGGGGUAUACGUCCCCCUUCCUCUCGGCCCAGCUCAGCCAACAGAGGGAGGGGCAUCUGCUCCAAGGUUCCGCCACUUUUUCGUCCCCCCACAGAGCCUACCUUCGUGCCGUCAGCCCACCCCCUCCCUCUGAGACGCUACACCUGCUACAGUAUAACCACGACUCCUCCUCCAGAGUCCCCCGUAACUCUGUGUCAUCGUCCUCCUCCCCGGUGGCUCGCUUGCCGGAGCCUCCGAUCUCUCCGCCGCCUCGCAGCUUCUCCCUGGGUAAGCCCCAGUCUUACAUUGGGGAGGUGGGGUCCCAGCACAAGCUUCGGCCCGCAGUAGCACUGGGCGGGGGAGGAGCUGGAGGAGGGCAUCAGGCUCCACAAUCGUCCUCUCGCACAAUCUUGGCCAAUCACACGACCUCUAAACCAGGGGGCGGAGUGAAGAAGGUGACCGGCGUCGGAGGGACCACUUACGAGAUAUCAGUUUGAGUGACAUGAUGUCUACGGUAUUCCACUGAGGAGGAGGAAAGAAAAGUCACCGGAUAACAAACAUGUGGUCUUCUCAGAGCUGGAUGUUAUUCAUGACUGCAGAGCUGAAAGCAAUGCUGCAUGCGCACCAGCCUGUCUGGUACCGACUGGCCUUUUCAAUCUGGCCAAAGACUGCACACAGUACUUGUUUCACGAGCCACUUUGUGAUGCACAGACCGCUUGGGGGCUGUUUCUUCAAGGACAGAACAUGUGCAGGUGCAGUUUGACGUGGGUACCUUAGGACACAAUAUUUUUUGACACUUGAGGGUGGGUAGCCGAUUCAAUUUGAAGGCUUUUAGGUGUGCUGACCAAUGAGGACUGUCUCGUUGUAUGGACCACACAGCCUGGCGAGGGAAAAGCGUCGAGCGCAUCCAACCUAUAAAACACUAUCAUUUUAGUUUUCUAAAUCCUUGUUUUUAAAUAUUCUUUUAUAUAAAUGUGUAAGAUCAUACAGAUGAUUAUUGGGUCCUGUUGUCAGUUAUUGAAGAUGACUUAUCGAUGAGGGUGGCAAAUGUAUAAUGUGUAAAAUUGUUUAUUUUUCAUGACAAAUGUGUUGCCUGUGUUUAAUUGAAGGCUGCAUCAGCCACUCGUGAGCUCUUGCCGAAAAUGUUGCAAUCCAAAGAGUCGACCUCGGACGUGGCAAACAAUUGAGCUUUAUUUUUAAAAGCCACAGAAACAUUUGGAGUGGAACAUAUCUUUGUUGAAUGUUCAGUGCCAUGAAAAAGUACUCACCCCCUUCCUGAUUUUUUUUUUCAUAUUUAUACCACAGAAUCAUCAAACCAAUUUUGAUAUCACUCAGAUCACUCAAGAAAAUACAAAAUGCAGUUCUCAAAUGACACUUGAAUUUAUGAAGGCACUAAAAAAAAAAAAAAAUUCAAAUCCUUUCUGACCCUCUCUGAAAAAGCAAUUGACCCCUUAACCUGAUAACGUGUUGUGCCACCCUUGGCAGCAAUAACUGAAAUCAAGCGUUUGCAAUAGUUAGUGAUGAGUCUUUCACAUCACUCUGGAGGAAUUUUUUCCCAGUCUUCUUUGCAGAAUUGUUUCACCUCCGCCAUAUUGUAGGGUUUUCUUGCAUAAGAUGCUUGUUUAAGGUCCCACCACAGAAUCUCAAUUUGAUUUAAAUCUGGACUUUCACUUGGCCACUCCUUUUUUUUGGGAGCCAUUCAGAGGUGGACUUGCAGGCAUCCCAUCCAAAAAGUUAAAUUUUGACUUGUCAGUCCACAGAAUGUUUCUCCAAAAGUCUUGAUCAUCAAGAUGUUUUUGGGUGUAUGUGAGACGAGCCUUUGUAUUCUUUGCCGACAUCAGGGGUUUUCCCCAGGGAACCCUCCCAUGGAUGCCAUUUUUGGCCAGUGUCUUUCUUAUGGUAGAGUCACAAACACUGACCUUAAUCGUUGCACUCCUGGAGUAAUUUCAGUUGAUCGUCCACUUCUGGAAAGGUUUGCCAGUUUUCUCCAUUUUGUGAAUAAUGGCUCUGACAGUGGUUUGCUGGAGUCCCAAAGUCUUGGAAAUGGUUUUGUAACCUUUUCAGACUGAUGCAUUUCAGUCACUUUUUUCUCUUGUUGAACAUCUUUGGAUCGUGGUAUGAUGCAUUGGUUCCUGAGACCUUGUAGCCUAAUUCACCUUAACUGACAGUUUUUGUUUUUUUUUUUAUUUCUUGAUUCCACAAGUAUGGUGGUAAUCAGGUUUGGGUGUGGCCUGAACACACCUUUCCAAAAUUUGUGGUUAGUUACAGUGACUUUGUGAUUCAACUUUACUUUUUUCACAUAGAGCCAGAUAGGUUUUGUCAUAAAUUAAAGCAUGAACUACAUUUUGUAUUUCCUUGGGUUGUCUGAGUUUUAUUAAAAUUGGUUUGAUGAUGAAAUCUUUGUGUGUGAUAGAUAUGCAAAAAAAAAAAAAAGAAGAAAUCAGGGGUGGGGGGAAAUAUUUUUGCACGGCACUGUGCCUGUCCUUGUAAUCUGUGUGUUUGAGGCAAUAUGCAAAAUUAGUUUUGUAGCUUUAAAAUCAUUGUCUGUCUUGUGUCUGAUGCUAGCAGAAGCGAUCCUUUUCAUGGAUGUUCAGCCAGUUAGGGGCAGUGAGGCAUGGCCUCGAUUACUUCACCGGACAACAAAAGAGAACUCGUAGUUCAGCUAAAACAUUUUGAACCCGUUUCUGGUGUUUUGAAAGCUUUAUGAUUUAAAAAAAAAAAAAAAAAAAAAAAAAGAAAGAAAGAAAGAAACCUGCUGUUACCCCGUGUCAUUGUCCAACAAAUGAAUCAAUGGAUUAACUCCUUUAUUUCUGCUGCAGUCAGCAGUUCCAGAGAUUGCUCGUUUAUGGCCCUGCCAUGAACACCCAUGCCGCUCCUCGGGCUUGAAUAUCAGAUGCCUCCUCAAAGAGAGAGCUUGGUGGAGGGUUAUAGCUAUCCAUGACAGCAAGAACAAACUACAACUGCACCCAUGCACAAAAACUAUGUGCAGGGUUGUCAAAAUGGUGUUGGUCGUCAACACAGGCCCCCAAUUUUGGAGCGAAAGGAGCACGGCAGCAUUUGCACUGAUCGUCAAAAUGAAUUUAGUAAGAUUUAUGAUUCCAGUGUAAAGAUUCUUAUUUGCUGAACGCUUUUCAAUACCCUCUAGAAUCUCAAUUUGAGUAACCACCAAUUAGUGCACAGCCCUAUUUUUUUGGUGAGUGGUUUGCAUAAAAGGAUUUUCCUCCCUUUAGACCAUUAACUGUUAAGCUUUAUCCCCCGUCCACUUUGUUGACAUUGUGUAUAGCGGGUCUGAUUUUUGAUUUACAGUCAAAUUUCUGUAAAGGUACAAGUGACUUUUGAAAACCCUCAGCCAUGUUGAGUUUGUUUGUUCCAGUCGGGUGUUACAAUUAAAUUAAAUCGUUCCCCCUCACCCCAACCUGAGUGAAUUCAACCUGUGGGAAGUGUACUUUUUUUUUUUUUUUUUUAACCCAAGGGGGACUGUUAAGACAUUUUCAAUAUUGCCAGGAAGUGUCUUCAUAAUGCACGUGAUUCUUGUUCAUGCUGAUUGUUUCCCUGGUGCGCAAACAGACUAGUCCCCCAAUCCCUGGGAUCACAAAUGAGAAGUCAUCACUAAUGGCACAAACAGUUGAGAUUAACAAAUUCCUGCUCUUGCCUAAGGAUGACACCUGCUGCACAAUUCCAACCUGUGAGUAUGUUGAAAAUACGUUGUUGUGAAAAUAAAUAUUGCUCAUGUGGGAUUGGAAUGAGUUUCACAAAUAUCUGCAACACAGUUAAGACUUUUUUUUUUUUUUCCCCAAAAUGGCCUUAAUGAUUU